GAGGCCAAAAGCUAAGCAGGAUCUUGGAGGGACAGGAUCAUGACACGGGAUAGCCCGUGAAAUCAAACAUCACUAAAAGAAGGCAAGCGAACCCCAGUUUUAUGCAGAUGCUAAGCCAAUUGAGCGGACAGCUAUAAAAAGCCUGAAGAAUCCAAGCCGGCUUCGAUUCUUACUACGUAAUAAAACCGGUUAAAUAAGAUCGGCCGGCUUGCACUCAGCAGGCCGCACCAACUCGGGCACUGCGGUGCACAAACCGCGGUUUACGGCUUGCUGCUCUUGGCUGAACGCUCGGAACAGCAGAGGGCGCCGCCGGCUUCCGAGCCCCGGCCCAGGGUCGCUGGCGGCCGGUUGCAAAGGGAGGAGGAAGCCUCGGCCGGGAGCCUUAUCUGCGGGCAGCAGUGAGGGCUGGGCCGCGCUUCAUGGGGCCGCGCCGACCCAGCCCGUGAGAGGGGCCGCCCUCUGACCGCUCGGCCAGAGAGAAGGGAAUCGCCGCGGGCUCAAUGGCGGGCUUGGCUCUCCGCCUUCCCUUGGUGGUGCGGCUGUGGCGGCGGCAGAGCCUGCGGAGCUCCUCCUGGCCUCGGCUUCUCUUCCACCCGGCGGCUCCCGGGAGCGCGGCAUGGACCGCGGAGAGGUACAGGGUCGCCGCUUUGGCCCCGGGCACUCUUCGCCGCGUGCCGCUCCUUUCCCGCGCCGCCUCCUCCUGGGCAACCGCGGCCGCCGAAUCUGCGGGGAAGAAGCCGGGCGACCCUCAGGAAACCGAGCAGCCCCCAGCGGCAGGGCCCAACGAGCGCGCCGUCUCGGACGCUAAGAGGCUUUUGGCGCUGGCUUAUCCGGAGCGCUGGAAACUGUCAGCUGCUGUUGGAUUUUUGGCUAUUUCCAGUGUCAUCACUAUGUCUGCCCCCUUUUUCUUGGGGAAAGUUAUUGAUGUUGUUUACACAAAUCAAGCUGGUGAACUUGCAGAGAAUCUAUCCACGCUCUGUGCCUUAUUAACUGGAAUAUUUAUACUUGGUGCCGCUGCCAAUGGAAUACGUGUCUACCUCAUGCAGAUUUCAGGGCAAAGAAUUGUGAACCGUUUAAGAGCAACAAUAUUUUCUUCUCUCUUGAAGCAAGAAGUAGCUUUUUUUGACAAAACCAGCACUGGGGAGCUGAUUAAUCGCUUGUCUUCAGACACAGCUCUCUUGGGCCGUUCAGUCACUGAAAACCUUUCGGAUGGGUUAAGAGCUGCAGGACAGGCUUCAGCUGCUAUUGGGAUGAUGUUUUUUGUGUCUCCCAAACUUGCUACAUUCGUCCUGACUGUCGUACCAUCCCUGGCUGUCAUAGGUGUGCUUUAUGGAACAUAUUUACGAAAACUGGCUAGAAUGACACAGGAUUCCCUUGCAGAAGCUACACAGUUAGCAGAAGAAAGGAUUGGAAAUUUAAGAACAGUUCGAGCUUUUGGACAUGAGUUAACUGAAAUGGAAAAAUAUGACAACAAGAUUCAGUAUGUGCUACAAUUGGCCAAAAAGGAAGCAAUAGCUCGAGCAGGAUUCUUUGGAGCAACGGGGUUAUCAGGCAAUUUGAUUGUGCUUUUUGUUCUCUACAAAGGAGGAUUACUGAUGGGUGGUGCCCAUUUGACUGUUGGUGAACUGUCUUCUUUCUUAAUGUACGCUUUCUGGGUUGGCAUAAGCAUUAGAGGAUUAAGCGCUUUUUAUACUGAUUUAAUGAAAGGUUUGGGUGCAGGAGGGCGCCUGUGGGAACUUAUUGAUCGAAAGCCACAACUUCCUUUUAAUGAGGGAACAGUAUUAAGCCAGGAUGCUUUCAGAGGUGCUCUUGAGUUCAAAAGUGUCAAGUUUGCAUAUCCAACACGUCCAGAAACAUUGAUUUUUGAAGACUUUUCUCUCAGCAUGCCUGCAGGUUCUGUCAUGGCCCUAGUAGGCCCAAGUGGAUCUGGCAAAUCGACGGUUGUAUCUCUUCUCCUGAGGCUUUAUGAUCCACUCUCAGGAAAUAUUACUGUUGAUGGGGUUGACAUUCGUCAGCUAAACCCACUAUGGUUCAGGACUAAUAUCGGAACAGUAAAUCAGGAACCCACUCUGUUCUCAUGCUCUAUUGCUGAAAACAUAGCCUACGGCGCAGAGGAUCCAUCCACAGUAACUCCUGCAGAAAUCGAGAGAGUUGCCAAAAUUGCAAACGCUUCUAAUUUUAUCCAAAAUUUUCCAAAAGGAUUCCACACUUUAGUUGGGGAAAAAGGUGUUCUUCUCUCUGGUGGGCAGAAGCAGCGAAUUGCAAUUGCUCGAGCUCUUCUGAAGAAUCCCAAAAUUCUUCUCCUUGACGAAGCAACAAGUGCUUUGGAUGCUGAAAAUGAAUAUCUUGUCCAAGAAGCUUUAGACCGGCUGAUGGAAGGCAGAACUGUUCUUAUUAUUGCUCAUCGACUCUCCACCAUUCAGAAUGCUAAUUCUGUUGCAGUUCUGGACCAAGGCAGAAUAGUUGAGUGUGGAAAGCAUGAAACACUGCUUGCAAACCCAAAUGGACUUUUCAGCAAAUUAAUGAAAAAACAGUCUUUCAUCCAAAAUAUUGAACAUUUUGCAUCUAAUUGAAAAAUAACCUUUUUUUAAAAAAAAAAGAAUGAAAAGGUCUAAAUAGGGAAGAGUACUACUAUUUCCAAGAAUUUAAAUUAUGUUUCAAUAAAUGUGUUGUAUAUAUUUUUAAGUGUACUUCAGAUAUUUGCAGAAAUUUAUUAUCUUGAGCUUUUUAUUCAAAGCAUUUAAGUAAUUAUAUAGUGGUGCAAUCCAAGAGUGAAUUGUUUUUAAGAUUCUACAGUUGCUAUGUGAUUAAUGCAGGGAUAGAUAUAUUUUCUAGACCCAGGUGCCGUUGUAUAACUUGGUUACCUCCUUCCCAAAACAAAGAAACUUAAGAAGUUUGCGAAGUUUUUGUAAAGGAUCUAGUGGGAGUACAGUAAGUACAACAUGCUGAUCCCUAGAUUAAUGGAUAUAUCACAAGUGCUUGCAGAAUUUAAUUUUAUGAUUUGGCAGCCUACUUUGAAUUAUCAGCUAGUUUAUUUUCAUGCCAAAUGUCUUUUCAUACUUUGUCUUCCUUUUAAAUCAUCAUGAUUUUAAUAAUUUUAUCAUUAUUAUGAAGACAAACUAAAUUCACAAAUACAAAAACCGUCAUGAUUUGGUCAACAUUAAUGCAAAGAAUAUUAGUCAAAGCAAAUUCUAUCACAUCCCUGCUGUUAAAAUAUUUGAUUUCUUUAUGUUCCCAAUUGGGUAUAAAAUAACUUAUCCAGAAAAUUACGUUUUGCUGACAGUAUCUUGAUAUAUGUCUUGCCUUUUGUCUUUCAAACCACUCUAUUCCAUUUUCCUUUUAUCUAUUGUUUCUUUUAAAUGAUCAGUAUUUUGUAGCACAGAAAACUUAUCAGACCUGUUUUCUUUGAAGACUCUCCCCUUUAAGGGUAAACAACAAAAAAUAAUUUUAAUUACUGACAAACCUGGUCAGUCUGUUGGUAUUUAGCCAGUCUACUGAUAUAUAAAUAGUGCUAUUUUGACUAUAACUCUGCAAUAUAGAAGUGGAAUUCUAAAAAUCAGUGUUACAUUAAUUUACCCAUACAGAAACCCAUACUGCUUCCCAUUGUAUGCACAGAUGAAGGGAAAGGAUCAUCAAUAUUAUACUUUCAAACAGUUACAGUAUUCAGCUAACCAUGAGUAAAAAAAAAUGGGAAGUGGCAUGUGUUUAAGCCACAAUGUGACACCGUAGUUUUACUUAAAGUACCUCCAGUUAACACCCAAUGAGUUGAACUUAGAAUGAACUGAUAAAUGUAUAAAAUGGAAGAUACGAUAAGAUUCUUGAUAAGUAUUCAAAGAAUAUUAACUGCAAGGAAUGUAUUCCCAUACUUCUACUUUACAUUUGGUUCAUAUGGUGUUAUACAGUACUUCUAUAUAACUGUCUUAUGACUUGUCUCUAAAUUGAUUAAUCAAGGGUUGAUAACAAAAUGUCGUAGUUACAUUUUCUAAAUAAAGUCAUGGAUCAUACUGAAAGAAGGGGAAAAUGACAAAGCUCUAAACGCACAUAACGCCAUGGGAUGAAUUCAUAUUAGAUUAGAAAUUAGAACGCCCAUGUCUACUGGAUGCCGAAAAGGUAUCCCCAACAACCAAGCUCAGACAGCACUGAGGACCCCAUAAAUAUAAAACUAUUGAUUAGAACAAAAUGUUGGAAUGUUGGUAUAUAAAUGAAACUUUUCACAUUUUUCACAAAUUAUGGUGCUGAUCAGAACAACCAAUUAUUUUGAAGAAAUUCACAGUUAUUUUCACAUUAACUUCAAAUACUGUAGAAAAACACCUGGAUUUUUUUCUUCACUAACAGACUUCAUUAUCAUUGGUCCUUCCAGUUUAGUGACACAUAAAAUUUGCACUGAUGAUUUAUGUUCCAUUCGAGUGGCCAUGAAGGCUAUAAUUGGCAACAUGCUUACUGCUCUGUAGUUUUUUUAAAAAAAAAUCUCAUUGUCUUAAUGUCAUUUAAUAUAGAGGGUAUUUUGCAGCUGGCCAGAACCAAAAGUUUUUUUAGUCCUGCAAAGAACCAAUUCUUUACCAUUGUUAAUUCCUGGUUCCUGGGGGAUGCACAGUGUGAUAAUGAAGUAUUUAGUAAUGCAGUCUAAAGCAAGGUUAUCUAAUUUUGAUAUAAAGAACAUUUUUUUCUACUCUUUGUUCCAUAGUUCUUGUGAGUAAUAUUUUGUAUAACAAUAAAAUGCAUUAAGAAACUACUGGUAUGUAUGACAUUUUUCCAUUCUUAUCCUUUUUGUCCUUAAGUUUUCUCAAUUUCAGAUAUUCUUUAUACUUUUUCAACUAUAAUCAGGCAUACUUUUUCCUUUUUAAACGAAAAAUAAAUAAAGCAUCAUUCUUGCA